UUACAAGGAUGUUGCCGUGCUGUACAUCUCUCUGACUCCACAAUAACCCGCCCCCAGGGUGUGGAUACUCAGAGCGGACUCAGUGACGGUGACACCAUUGACUGUCAAGGAGCAGUGAGCUACUCAGUGAUCUUGGCCUACUCAGCAAUCUCGGCUUACCCAGCGAGCUCAGGCCUACUCAGCGAUCUUGGCCUACUCAGCGAUCUCAGACCUGCCAUGAACUCCUCAGCAGGCUUUCGCCUCUCGCUAGGCCCUGAGGCCUAUCAGGACUACGAGGCCUGCCCACUUGUACUGCGGGAGCAGGCCGGAGGUUUCGGGCCCACACGGGAGCCCGAGCGCGUCCCUGCUGGGGGCAGAGUGACGAGGAAAAGCCCCAAAGUGGCAGGAGUGACAGUCCAGCUGGAGAUGAAAGGUCUCUGGGACGAGUUCAACCAACUCGGGACUGAGAUGAUUGUCACAAAAGCAGGAAGGAGAAUGUUCCCCACUUAUCAAGUCAAAAUCAUCGGAAUGGACCCGACAGCUGAUUACGUACUCCUCAUGGACUUCACCGCUGUGGACGACAAGCGAUACAGGUAUGCCUUCCACAGUUCCUCCUGGCUGGUUGCUGGGAAAGCUGACCCCAGCACCCCCGGAAGGAUGCAUUUCCACCCGGACUCUCCCGCCAAGGGGGCCCAGUGGAUGAAGCAGAUGGUCUCCUUUGACAAACUGAAACUGACCAAUAACCUGCUGGAUUCUCACGGCCAUAUCAUUCUGAACUCCAUGCACCGCUACCAGCCCCGGUUCCACGUUGUGUACGUUGACCCUCGCAAAGACGGGGUCAGCCGCGCCUCGGAGAACUUCAAAACCUUCCUGUUCGCUGAGACUCAAUUUACCGCCGUCACGGCCUACCAGAACCACAGGAUUACCCAGUUGAAGAUUGCCAGCAAUCCGUUUGCGAAAGGAUUCCGGGACGGAGACACGGAUGAUUGGGCCCGCAAUGUCAGACCGGGCUCCCUGCCGACGCUGGGACUGAUCACCAGAUCCAAACAACCACCAUCGGCGCCACUUCACCGAAGGGAAGGCUCCCAGUCCGGCUCUCACAUCCCGCGGGAACUCACCGCCCGGCGUCUCGGAGCUGCCCAGGCCCAGACCCGUUCCUUCGCCCUCCCACUGGGCUCCUUCAGCCACUCGACCCCUCGGCUGGACCAGCACGGGCAGUCCUCGUCACUCCUGCCCUACUCCCUCUCGGCCUACUCCACAGAUCCCGAUCCUGGGCCUUUCCCAGAACAUUCCGCCCCAGGCGUGGUGUUGGCCAACCCGUACGGAGCCGGUUGCUAUGGUUACAGCCCCUGA